AUGGAUGCCCGUCAGGUGCUGCAGAGCACUCUCGCGCCAGAUGCUACCGAGCGUAGCAAUGCUGAACAGCAACUGGCUCACGCCGCCGAAGUUGACUUUGCCGCCUAUCUCAUUACCCUCGGUCAGGAACUGGCUAACGAGAGCAGCCCUCCCCACAUCCGUGUCGCUGCUGGUCUUGCUUUGAAGAACGCUUUCACUUUCCGGGAUCAAGCCAAGUUGCGCGAGGUGCAGCUGCGAUGGGCUCAGAACCUCAGCCCCGAGACCAAGACGCAAGUCAAGGAGCUCGCACUCAAGACCCUGGCGUCAUCCCAUCUCCGCGCCGGCACUGCCGCCGCUAACCUGAUCGUUUCGAUCGCCGCCAUUGAGUUGCCGCGUGGUGAGUGGCCCGAGUUGAUGAACGCCCUUGUCCAGAAUGUCGGCAGUGGCAAUGUCGGACUGAAACAGUCAUCUCUCACUGCUAUCGGCUACCUCUGCGAGUCGCAAGAUCCCGAUCUUCGCGCUAGUCUGACACAACACUCCAAUGCUAUCCUUACCGCGGUCGUUCAGGGUGCUCGGCGCGAGGAGCCGAACAUGGAUGUUCGGUUUGCCGCUAUCGCCGCUCUCAGUGAUGCUGUUGAUUUCGUUCGCUCCAACAUGGAAAACGAGGGAGAGCGCAACUUCAUUAUGCAGGUUGUCUGCGAGGCCACUCAGGCCGAUGAGAUUCGUGUGCAGUCUGCUGCAUUCGGCUGCCUGAACCGUAUCAUGGGAUCCUACUACGAGAAGAUGCGCUUCUACAUGGAGAAGGCUCUGUUCGGCCUGAGCAUUGCGGGCAUGAAGAGCGAGGACGAGGAAGUUGCCAAACUGGCUAUCGAGUUCUGGUGCACUGUCUGCGAGGAGGAGAUUGCCAUCGAAGAUGACAACAUCGAGGCUCAACAGGAAGGCGGCGAAGCUCGUCCUUUCUUCGGGUUUGCUCGCAUCGCUACCGGAGAGGUUCUCCCGGUCUUGCUCAGUUCCAUGUGCCGCCAGGAUGAGGAUGCCAGCGAUGAUGAAUACAAUGUGUCCCGUGCUGCUUACCAGGCUAUGCAGCUUUGGGCCCAGUGUGUGCAGGGCGCUAUCAUUCAGCACGUCGUGAGCUUUGUCGAGGAGAACAUCCGCAACGAGGAUUGGCACCGUCGUGAUGCUGCCGUCGCUGCUUUCGGUGCCAUUAUGGAAGGCCCCGAGCCCAGUGUUCUGGAGCCGCUGAUCAAGCAGGCCUUGCCUGUGCUGAUUGGAAUGAUGGAGGAUAGCUCCGUCUCUGUUCGUGACUCCACUGCCUACGCUCUGGGUCGCGUGUGCGAUUGUUGCCCUGAGGUUCUCGACCCCGAGGUUCACCUUCAGCCCCUUAUCUCGUGCCUCUUCAACGGCCUUGCCAGCUCCCCCAAGAUUGCCAGCUCCUGCUGCUGGGCUCUUAUGAAUGUCGCAGACCGCUUCGCCGGUGACGAUGGUUCCCAGACCAACCCUCUGUCAAAGCACUUUGAGGACAGUGUGAAGUCCCUUUUGACAGUUACUGAGCGACAAGACGCCGAUAACCAGCUCCGUACUGCUGGAUACGAAGUUCUUAACUCCUUUGUUAUGAACUCCGCCAAUGACAGCCUGCCCAUGGUUGCCACUCUCUCAGACGUUAUUAUCCAGCGUCUCGAGCACACCGUUCCUAUGCAACAGCAGGUCGUCAGCGUCGAGGACCGUAUCCUUCUCGAGGAGAUCCAGACUAGCUUGAUCAGUGUUAUUCUGGCCAUUGUCCAGCGCUUCGAGAUUGAGAUCAAGCCCCAGGCUGACCGCAUCAUGAGUGUUCUGCUCCAGGUUCUGUCUACCCUUGGCGCUAAGUCGAGUGUGCCGGAUGUCAUCUUUGCCACUGUUGGUGCUAUUGCCGGCGCUCUUGAGGACGAUUUCGUUAAGUACAUGGAAUCUUUCAGCCCCUUCCUGUACAACGCUCUUGGCAACCAGGAGGAGCCCGGUCUGUGCUCCAUGGCCAUCGGCUUGGUCAGUGAUAUUGCUCGUGCCUUGAACGAGAAGGUCCAGCCUUACUGCGACACAUUUAUGAACCUCCUGCUCAAGACUCUUCAGACUUCUACCAACCAGCUCAAGCCUGCCAUCCUCGAGACCUUCGGCGAUAUCGCUCAGGCCAUCGGAACUAACUUCGAUACUUAUAUGGCGGUCGUUGGCCAGGUCCUCCAGCAGGCUUCCAGCGUUACCACUAGCUCCGAUCUCCCAUAUGACAUGGUCGAUUACAUCGUUUCCCUUCGUGAGGGCAUCAUGGACGCCUGGGGUGGUAUUCUUCUGUCCUACAAGGGCACUCCUUCGAUUACUCAACUCCAGCCUUUCAUCGAGUCUAUCUUCCAGCUUCUUCACAUUAUCUCUCAGGAGAGCAACCGCAGUGAAGGUCUGAUGCGGUCUGCCAUGGGCGUUAUUGGUGAUCUCGCCGAUGCCUUCCCCAAUGGCGAGCUUGCUGCUUACUUCCGCAACGACUGGGUCACUACCCUUGUGAGAGAGACCCGCACAACUAGACAGUACAGCGACCGCACGAUUGAGACUGCCCGCUGGACCCGUGAGCAGGUCAAGCGCCAGAUCAACAUGGGUGCCGGUAUGGGCUAA